AUGACUAUAUUAAGUUUGGUCAUCGUCGGUAGUGAAUAUACUUUGGGCAUAACAUUUAACUUGUGGAAACGACACGUCAGACCUUUAAAUGUCCUUGUCUUUGACCGGGUCCAUCUUCUCCGCCACCAACCCUCCGCCGGCACCGCCGCCGUUCAUUUUCCGGCGGUGCACCCUAACAUAGAAAUUCAAAAACAGGAGACAAAUCGCGGCGUUGAGAACCGAAUUGAAAACCCAGGCACCGAUCCCAUUGCACCCGCCCUUGACGAGGUGCAGGAGGAGCACGCCGACGUGGCACACCAGAUUGCACCCCAGCAGCGCCAUCUGGCAGCUGACGACGAACGGGAAGCAGGCGGCGGGAAGUCCGACCGCCGUCCAGAACCGAUAGCCGUCGACGGCGGCGCAGGCGAGCGUCAGGAAGGCGGUGACGAUCGCGGCGGCGUGGGCGAGGAGGUCGGCGAGGGGCAGUCUCCGGCGGCGGGCGGCGGCGAUGAGGGGGCGGAGGGCGUGCGGGAACCGGGAGAGGUAGAAGGCGUAGGACCAGAAGAAGACGCGGCCGGAGGGGCGGGUGCCGAGGGGGAAGCAGAGGAGCCACUGGAGGGGGGUGGUGCGGCAGCGGCGGAGGAGCCACCGCGUGUCGCGGAUCUCGGCGGCGGCGGAGAGGGCGGUGCCGGCGAAUAUUGUGGCGGAGGAGAGGGACAUGAGGAGGGAGUGGGCGGCGGGGAGGAAGCCGAGGGGGAAGGUGAGGCGGAGGAGGAGGAGGAGGCGGAGGGCGGCGGCGGAGGCAAGGCCACGUGA